AUGGCUGGAGGUUACAUAGCACAUGGCUCUGAAAAAGAAUAUCCGGGAAAACUCACCUUUAGGGUGUUCAUCGCUUGCAUGAUUGCAGCAUUUGGAGGCUUAAUCUUCGGCUAUGAUCUUGGCAUUUCAGGUGGAGUUACGGCAAUGGAUCCAUUCUUGCUGAAGUUCUUUCCAGAUGUUUAGGCUAAGGAGCUAAACAUUAAGCCUACGGAUAAUCAAUACUGCAAAUUCGACACAGACACUACGUUGUUUACAUCCUCUUUGUAUUUGGCCGCUCUUGUGGAUUCUCUUGGAGCAUCCACCGUAACUAGAAUCUUUGGAAGACGUCUUACCAUGCUCUCUGGUGGUGUUCUUUUUCUCGCUGGAGCUGCUAUGAAUGGAUUCGCUGAAAAAGUGUGGAUGCUUUAUGUUGGCCGCAUGUUGCUUGGUUUUGGAAUAGGAUGUGCUAACCAGUCUGUGCCAAUCUAUCUGUCUGAGGUUGCUCCCUACAAGUAUAGAGGAGCUCUUAACAUGAUGUUCCAAUUGUCAAUAACUAUAGGCAUUUUUGUGGCCAACAUAAUACAUACCACAAUAAUAUACAAAUUUGUUUUGACACAGAUUAUUGUAGCAGUGGCCAUUGCAUUUAAAUUUGGAGUUGAUGGAAAUCCAGGUGAGCUUCCAAAGUGGUAUGCAUUGCUUGUUGUGAUAGGCAUAUGCGUGUAUGUGAUGGGAUUCACAUGGUCUUGGGGUCCUCUUGGAUGGUUGGUGCCAAGUGAAACUUUUCCACUUGAGGUGCGAUCAGCGGCUCAAAGUGUCAAUGUUUCGGUUAACAUGAUUUUCACAUUUGCCAUUGCUCGAGUUUUCACCACCAUGUCGUGCCACAUGAAGUUUGGACUCUUCAUCUUCUUUGCAUUUUUUGUGGUGGUGAUGAGCUUGUUUAUUUACAAGUUUUUGCCGGAGACCAAAGGUGUUCCUAUUGAAGAAAUGUUUAUGGUGUGGCAAAAUCAUUCUUAUUGGAGGAAGUUUAUAGAUGCUCAAAAACACAUCACAAAAAACCAUGUUUGUUCUAUUGCAAGUAUUGUUGUGCCAAAUGCUUGUGUGUACCUCCAGGAACUUAUGGAAACAAGGAAGUUUGUCCGUGCUAUAACGAUUGGAAGACCAAAGAAGGAGGACCAAAAUGUCCUUGAAUUAUGUUUUUUCAUUUCUCAUCAUGUACUAUACCACAACAUUCGUUUAAGGAUUUUUUUUCCUCGUAAAUGA